AUGAAGCGCGCGGCCAGUUCAGACAUUCCGGGCGAUACAUCAGCAGAGGAACGUCAAAGUUUACAGCAAAUCCUACCCAGUCUCGGAGCCCCAGUCUCCCCGCCACAACUAAAGAGCAAAAUUUACCGACAGGGGCCCAAAGCCACUCAGGCGUUUCCGGCACCGUCCAGCAAGGACCACAGCACGGCUGCUAUUGAGGCAGGCGAAGUCGAAGUUACUGACCAUCUCAGCAUAUUUUCCACAAAGUUGCACGAGUUUACUCGCGCUAGUCUGGACUCUCGGCCAACAUCACGUCUUCCCAUCAAGCAGUGGGCGGAUUUGUACCGACGGAACGAGCAUCCCGAGGGACAUCACUUCGUGAUCCACCAGCACGAUCACCCGAUCGCUGGCCCCCAUUAUGAUUUGCGACUUCAAUUUUCAAAAACAAGCUCAGUCAGUUGGUCGAUCAUGUACGGCCUACCAGGCGACCCGAAUAGCGAGCGACUGAACCGGAAUGCAAUGGAGACUCGAGUUCAUUGCCUAUGGAAUCACCUGGUUGAGACCGCUUCUGUCCAAACUGGCAGUGUCAUUAUCUGGGAUACAGGAGAGUAUGAAAUCUUGCCAUAUGAUGCAGAUAUAUCUCUGCCCGAGACAGAUGAUUCCAGGUCAGAAGACUCCUGUGAUGCACAUUUGGCCGAAGAAGUUCUUUCAGAAAGUGACAAGCUGCAGGAAUCAUUUCGUAAUCGCAAAAUCCGCCUCCGCCUUCACGGAACCCGUUUACCGAAGGACUACACGGUCAUUUUGCGCAUGGACAAAGGUACAGACUACACCCGAACGAACAGGAAAGGCCCCAAGCGACGAAGAAAGCCAGUCGGCCCAGGGCACAUUGCACAAAGGCCGCCAUCUACGUCCGAUUCCGAUAUUGAACCAACAUCGGAAUCGGCACACGAGUCGGCUGCCAAAACACCCCAGACAGGGGAUGCAGAAGCCACUCAUUCCGACAACGAUGUCGAUAUCCAGAUUCAAACGAACAACGCAUACCCUGGUUCCACAAAUACUAUCGGGUCCAUUCAUCAACGCCGCUGGUAUCUAAGCAUGGAUCGAACAAACUCUGGGUUCACGUUAGUGAAGCCACGGAAUGAGGACGGGAUAACGCCAUCGUCUUCCAAAAAGAGGGUGUGGGUUCGGACUCGUAGUAGGGAUGGCACAGUAGGUGGAUUCGAACCCUUUUUUGUACACGGUCCGGAAGUUGAGCGGAGUAUCGUGACGGGGCGUUUAGGAAAAGAUGUACUCGGCGAUGAGGAAGUUGAAGGAUUCGUGCCCAGGCGGGGAUGGAGACCUGUUUUGAACUAG